CGAAAUACCAACGGUCAAUCAAAUCCAGAAAGAAACACGACAGAAAUGAUUCGUGCCAUUUCAUUGUUAAAUUAGCGCAAGCAUGUUGUAGAACAAACAAUAUCAAACCAGCAUCCCUCACAAUGAUCAGCCCAACCAUGAUAACAGCAGUGACACUUUUUCUCUCUCUGUUGCUUCCCAUCGCAGCCUCGGUCGCCGGUACAGAGACGGAAGACGUCUUCGUUCUGGAUCAAAACCGUGAUUCCGCCUCUACAUCGGGGUCGCCUCUGAUGUUGCUCGCGAUCGAUAAAACGAAAGAAAAAGGGACGSAGAAGUCCUCUUCUAUGCUUCGAGGUGGAACUUCUACGAAAAAUCCCGAUGGCUCUCUGGAMUUUCCUCCGCUCCCCCCGAUCCACCCGCACCACACGGGCUCGGUCCAUUAUUCGUCCACCAUGAACUCUGAUGGCACUACCUCCUACCGAAGGGACAUCAAUGCUCCGUGCGACUACGGGAUGCUCGUAUUUAACAUCGGCCCGGCAAAAGACAACAUGCCCUACAAAUACGAUUUGUACGCGGAUGCCUACCUUUGGAGUGACAACGAAAGCCUGUGCAUGUUCUAUCCCUCCUACACGGGCUUUCAGAUUUCUAACCACGGGCCUUACUGGAAGCUAGGUUACGACCCAAUGACGGUGAACUUUGGAGACCUAAGCAAGGACUUUCGCCACAUGCACCGMAUUUCCAGCCGGAUUCUGAGUCCGGUGGAUGGCUCUGCUCAGAAGAACGCCAAUGCUAUUGACAAAAAUAUGGCAGGGGAUUACAUCAUCAUGGCGCACCACAAUUUCUACACCAUUGAGUAUUACAAAGAAUUGAAACAGUAUGUCAACAGCUGGAGAACAGAAGAAGAGACUGGAAAAAAUCAGUCCACUGCAUUUGAMACUUUCACGGCAACUUCCACUUUGUAAGAAGUGGAGAAUAAGAACAAUUUAUAUCAAAAUAUCUCCAGGCAUUACGUUAGUUUCGUUCCAAGACACAAAUCAUUUCCCAUUGGGACCAUUCGAGACUCUUGCCAUUCAGUAGUAGGGUCAUAAAGAAUACAUAUGAUC